AUGAGAUCAAGGGAAGAUUUGUCUCCUGUGAAAGAUCGAAGAACAAUCAUAGGAGAAAUUUUUGGAUUAGAACGGAUGACAAAUUUGACUGGAUUUGAUCUGAUCCGAUUGGUCAUCCGGUUUCACAACAUUGCUCACAAGUUUGCAAUAUAUAAUCAUCAGGUCCAAACAAAUAGACUCAUAAAACGUGAAUUUGUGCAAAACGAGAAGAGGUUUUUUCCAGAAAAAGGAAAUAUUGAAGUGUCGGAGAGGAGAGGUGAACUUUCUUUCAAUCAGAGGGGUAAUUUGGUAUCCAAGACUAAGCCCAAGUAUUACAAGCACAUUGGCCUAGUAAGGACCAUAUCCGGUCAAAAAAGAAUUCUAGCAAAGAAAUACAAGAAUGUCCAGCCCAAUGCUUAA